AUGUUCUCAUUCUUUCUUCCUCGUUUUUGUAUCUGUUUACAUUGCAAGUCUGCAUGAAGGAAGUUCGGCUUUAAAAUGAAAAUACUGUACAGCCAUUUAUUUCAAUUCAAAGGAAGUGACCACAAAUCCCUUCCUUCACUCAUUCACCCCAGGCAAGCCUCACUCCCUUCUCAUUUGUCUGCUGUCUGGGGAUAAAACUGACCUUCCUCGCAGGGCUGUUGUGAAAGAUUGAUGGGCGCGUUAAAAAGUAGGUAGUGGGGUUAUCUAGGGGGCGUGGGGGGCACACAUGCAAUCAUCACUUCUAACAUCCCUGCCCUGCAUGCAAACUCCCAACCUUCUUGGCCCGAAAGGGUCUUCUAAGAAUGUUCAUCUGAGUGCACUUAGAAGCCCCUUUCUGACCUUCGUGAUUCCAUAUGCCGAUAUCUUCUGUGAGAGUAAUGUGUGCCUGACUCCACUGCUGUCUUCACACAUUCAUUUUGAGCAUGUAUGUGCAUGUAGAGGGCUUUGCUUUUCUGCAUAUCUGCUCCCAAUUAAGCCUCCUUUCCAGCUCUUGGCUGGGAGGUCCUGUUGAGCAAGAAUGCCUGGAGGGAAAUUCUAAGCACUUUGGGCUGGAUGCACUUAUAAGCCUCUCCGUACCCGAGCACCCCUGUCAUGCUGGGUUCCCGAUGGUGGGGAACGUCCAGACUUUUCUGCUCAAUCUGGGGAGGUUGGUAGUGCAGGGGGCAGGCUGGCAUGUGUGUGGGGACAUGUGGGGUAGAGCUGAUGUGUGGGGUCCUACAACACAUGAUUUGGCAUACCACCAUAGCUCUGUUCCUGAGCAGAGCCUUGCCACAGUACCACCUGUUAUCUUGAAGCCGAUGCUGGAGAACAUGGAUUCGGCAUUUAAGUUGAAACAUGACUGCAUUUGCUCGCACGCUUCCAUAGCUACUCUUGCCUCUCCCGUUCCUCUCUGCUCUUUGUUGUUUUCCCCUAAGUGCUGAUUGUAAACUCCUUGAGGGCAGACAGCUUUUUGUAUGCACGCAAAACUUUGCCAACAACCCAGAAUGCUUUGCACAUUGACUGCGAGUGAGAUUUGUAUGUCAGUAGUUCUUGUCCACAAAGAUGCAGAUGUUUUCCUGCUUUGGCCUUGCUCGCUAACAAGGAACAUCUGCACAGCUUGUGGCCCACCAAGCGAGACAAGGCCACCACCCACAAAUGGUGACCCAGAGGCUGUUUUUCCUGCCUGCUUUGGAUUUCCAAAAUCAGGAUUGCAGAGGAGGAGGUGUCUUCGGAAAAUAAUGUAAUUGGUUACCACUUGUGACAUCUCUUUGUGUGCUUAUGUGGAAGCAAGUCCAUUGAGAUCAUUGCGUCUUCCUUCCAGGUAUAGCACUGCAGGCUUGAUCAUGGUUUUUUGGCUGGUGGGUGGUGACCCAUAACAGGGUCCAGCAGCCCCCAACCCAAGGUGGGUCAGGCCACUAGCGCCAGGACCAUUUUCAUUCUCGCUUUCUUCAAAUUGUUCCAAGGAGGAGGGUGGUAGCAGAAGGAAAGGGACGCAGAGGAUGAGUUAAAAAGGUCUGGGAGUGGAUUGGAAGAGAUGGGAGAAAGACAAACAUACAGCUUAAAAUUUUAAAUGGGUCCCUUUUUGAACGUUAGGGGUAAAGAUGAGGUCUUUGCCUGAAAAGGUUGAAGAUGGCUAUUCCUGCAUUCCUCCGUCUUUUACAGUGCAAUCUUUGGUUUACUUUUCAGUAAGUCUUUCAUCUCUCUCUCCUUUGAGAGCUAAAGACAGCCGCAGAGCCAGACUACAUUUAGGAUCCAAGUCAGGAGAUAUGGCGACUAUAGAGAGAGAAGCUAUCUAAAUGUUUUAAGUUAAUGGCUAGACCUUGUAAUGGGUGGUUGCAGACAUCUCAUCUCUGAUGUCCUUGGCUUUGAGAGAACACAUCUAGGCAGCAUCUGUAUCUGCUUGGCUGCCUUCUUGCCUCUGGCAAGGCUCCUGAGCUCAGGUAGAACAGCAUCUACAUUUUGAGAAAGGGACUAUAUUGCUCUUUGAGGAGGUGAGGGGGGAGGACAGCUAGAUGAUGAACAAAUAGUAAGAGAGAAGAGCCACAGAGUCCUUGCAGGUUUGGAAUCUGCAAAUGCUAGGAUGGUUGGCUGUGCAAGCUGGCUGGGACUUGUAUGUUGGGGGCGUUAUGUUGGGAGGGAGGUGCCCAAACUCAAAGCCUGACAGUGAAGCUCACAAGGUGACUUUGGACUGUCCCAGUCUUACCUCCCAGGAUUGCUGUGAGGAUAAAAUGGCAGGGGGUGGGGCAGAUGGAAAGGACAUAAACUCUUGGGUAUAAAUCAUGCAAACUGGGCAACUUUGCAUCAUUUCUCUUAUUUUUGCAUAAAUUAUGCUUUAAUUUUUAACUAGUUUACAUGAUUUAUUCUGCAUAACUUUGAACGCUCCUUCCCCUGCCUGUUGGAAAACGCCACCAGUUACUUUAGACAUCUUUGAAGAUGCAGCUUCUCCAUGGGUUUCCCUGAUAAUUAAGCUGUGCCCUGUCUUUUUAUAUAACAAUGCUUUAUUGCAUUUUUGUAUUUUUUCCUACUGUCUCCAUAGUUUGCACAGAUGGUUUAUAUAUAUCUCCAAGGCUGUGGCUAUGGGUGAAGCAAGACCCUCUUGGGGUGCUAAUGCUGUGAACCUCUCCAUUGUAAGCUCAGGUUGUAUAUAUGUGUAAAUAAACCAUUUAUCGUAAAGACACCGCAGUCUCUGCUGUCCCUUAUUCUGAAGGAAAUCCGAACCCUGGGUAAAAGCACCUGGAACCCCUGGAACUUUGCACCGCUUGAAGAUUGGGGUGGCAUGCAGUAAUAUAAAUCUCAAAGGCCACAAUAAAGAUAAAGUGUAUUCAGCUGAAAGCCGCAUAGUGAAGAAACCAGAAUUCCACAACUUUGGGGCUACCACAGAGAAUGCCCUCUCUUGGGCGACAUGCCCGCAAGCAUCUGCCAAUGUUAACAUCUAAGAGGGUCCAUAGGGAAGGAGAUGCUUUUUUCAGAUACUUGGGGGGUCUUAGUUGCUUAAGGCUUUAAACACUAAUGUGAACAUACUGAAUUGGACUCGGGAACAAGCUGGGUUUCGCCGCUGCUGUUUCAAAACCGGGGUUAUGCGAAUUCUAAACAGAACCCCAGCCAGGAAUCUGGCUGCUCCAUUUUGGACCAGUUGAAGUUUCUCAUUCUUAGGCUUCUCCCGAUACAAACUCAGCCCGGCCAUCCCUUCCAACAGACGACAGUCCUCUCUAAAGUUGGACAUGUGGCCUCUCCUUGGCCCAUGCCCAACUCUAACCACUGCACUGUGUUGGCUCUGUAAAUAAUCACUACCGUAUGGGAGGAGAUGUGGGUCAGUGGUGACCGUGUACUCCCCCCCCUCCUUUCCCGGACAUGUGUAGUUGGCCUUUAGCCUUGUGUUGGAACCAGGCCUGAGCUGAUGAUGCUCAGAAGCCAAGUUUGAGGCUUGCAGUUUUCAUUUUUCUGGCUGUUCAGACCGUGGAAGUGCCUCAUGUCACAGUAUUUUUUAUUUUACUUUAAGAAAUCAGUACACUCUUGGCUUCUCUUUCUGUGUGAAAAGGGCAAGAUGGUUUUAGCCUUCACCUGGCUCUCUCUUCCCCUCUGUGCUGAGGCUUAAAUUGUCCUUCUGGGAUUUAAAAGAUGUUUCCUCCUGUGGUUUUCUGCUGCUUCAGGAAAUGGCUCCCCUGAGGCGUCUGUGGGUUGUCUCAAGCCACCCAGAGGAGGGGGUCUGGCAACACUUCUCUCCUUUCAAGAAGUGAGUAGCAACUUUGCAAGUGAUGCUUGUGAAGAUGCAGGUGAGAAUCAGGAAUCCUUGAGACUUGCAGCAUCAUUUUGCAGUCCAGAUGUUAUCUGUCAUUCAGUCUUCGCAUCAGCAAAACAAUACUUUAUUAGCAUAACUUGGGGUGUUUCAGAGCAUUCACAGUGCUUCAUCCUAGAGGUGUGGAGAAGAUUUGGAGGGGUCCCAAAUAAAGAACGGAAGCAGACAAUCUUUGGACGCAGAUUCAGCGCUUGUCCAGGGCAAAGCACCGUCUCUCCACAGAGCUUUGAACUGAAACGGAGACCUCCAAAGCGCUUGGGACGCUUGGAAAUUCAGGUGCUGAAGAAAACCACACGCAGAACCUGUCUGCAAAACCCGGAACAUUUCUCCCCAAGCUUGCUUCACAGGCAACUCCCCAUUUAUGUGCAUCCAAUUGACGCACAACCCAUGCGUGAGUGCAUCACGUCGAACCCAGAUGUGAAUUUAAAAAUGGUAGAAACAGCCCUAAAAGAGCCCAGAAAGGGGGGGGGUAUCAAAAAAUCAUGUGUGUGUUGGGGAGAACCCUGUGUGCUGAGCUGAGCUCUUUGGAGUAAGUGUAGGGAGAGAUGUAAUAAAUGUUAAAGCCUGGCUAGUGUGCAGCCAUAAAAACAACAACAACACAAUUCUGCAAGAGACAUGCUCCCUCAACAAAAAGAGCCACAUGCCCAUAGUGCUGCCAGCUCCCUUCCCUCUCUCUCUCACACACAUAGUGAGUUAGCAUUGCGGGCUCUAUUACAUCUGAGAACUUUAUUUUCUACACUUCCCCCUCUUCUCCCUUUUCUGCAGCCAGCCACCUCAGAGCGCAUAAUGGGGAACACUCUGAUGCUGGCUUUUCUCCACAAGCAGCAUGCAUGCUCUGGCUGACCGACAGGCUGGCUGCUCCCUCUGACUCCUCCUCUUUGCGUUCCUGUUCCUGGGCAGAUAUUCUGCACGCCGGCAUGUAGCCUGGUGAGGGGACUGAGCCCAGGUUCCUUCCUUCCCUGUACACGCCUGGGGUGCAAAGAGAGAGAGGGGAGGCAUUCAGUUCCUUUGUCUAGACAACAUCCUGGACUGUGUAAAUGAGUAUGGAAGAUUAUGACUUUCUCUUCAAAAUAGUUUUAAUUGGGAACGCUGGCGUGGGGAAGACCUGCUUAGUGCGGCGGUUUACUCAGGGUCUUUUUCCACCAGGGCAAGGAGCCACAAUCGGCGUUGACUUUAUGAUUAAGACAGUGGAGAUAAAUGGUGAAAAAAUAAAGCUGCAGAUCUGGGACACGGCAGGACAAGAGCGAUUUCGGUCCAUUACUCAAAGUUACUAUCGCAGUGCCAAUGCAUUAAUACUGACCUAUGACAUCACCUGUGAAGAGUCCUUCCGAUGCCUCCCAGAGUGGCUGCGGGAGAUAGAGCAGUACGCCAGCAAUAAGGUCAUCACCGUCCUAGUGGGGAACAAGAUUGAUUUAGCGGAUAAAAGAGAAGUCUCCCAACAAAGAGCAGAGGAAUUUUCCGAAGCCCAAGACAUGUACUAUCUGGAGACUUCGGCUAAAGAAUCGGAUAACGUGGAAAAACUCUUUCUCGACUUGGCUUGCCGGCUGAUCGGCGAAGCGCGGCAAAACACGCUUGUGAACAAUGUGGAAUCCCCAUUGCCCGGGGAAGGGAAAAGUAUCAGCUAUUUGACUUGCUGCAAUUUCAACUGAUAACCAGUCGAGCCUCCGAGGGUUAUGACUCUUCCUUCUCGCGAAGGCCUGUCUUGACAAAGGCCGCUCCUGCCACCUCAACUCAAUCUGACUGGCGGAUGUCAUCAGGUUCACAACCUUGAAGCAUGGCAGGCUGGCCACUUCGCCUGCGGGGUCAGCGUAGCAGAAAUAUAACCUGGUUUAAUUUUUUAAAGAUAUAUACACACACAAACACAUAAAUAUAUAUAUAAAUGUGAAUUCCCCUGUAAUCUGGAGGUGGUGAGGAUUCACAAGGGUGCUCUAGGUAUCCGAUGGCAAGCGGAAGCCAGGUCUUCAUUUCACUUCCAGGAAGCAACUAGGAAAACUUCCUUGGAAUUGCCGAGUAAUGCAAGAUCUCUCUUGCACCAUUCCCCCCCCCCCCCCGGACCUUUUAAUAAGUGUAAUGCACAUUAGCCAUCAUGCAGCUGUCAUGACCUGCCAGCUAAGCAAUGACCUGUGUAUAUAGAUUAUAGAUUAUGGCCCAAAUCAUUUGGUUUUUAGGGCACAGCUCUUGAAAACAUGUUUCUUUUUUGGGGGGGUGGGAAAUAAGUGUUAAUGCCUCUCAUGUCCAUACACUUUCAUCGACAUGGAAGUUAAAAAUAGAAAUGCCAAUAUUUUGAAACCAACAAGAGUGGAGAUUGGCUCUCUCACUUCUUUGGGUACUAAUAGUUUUGCUAACUUUCCCCCCAGGCGAAAUUUUAGAUGUGAUCCCAUUACUGCACGCUCCGUUUUUUACAGAAGCCAGGAACUGUUCACUAGGAAGCACCAAUUGGGGAAAAAACAUUUUUGCUGGUAGAAACAAAUAUACCAUGGGCCUCAUUUUGCCUGGAUGCCGUUUCUGUGGGUUGAAAGAGUUUGUUUUAGCUUAUUAAAGAGGAGUAUUGAAAAUCCUCUGCGAACUUGACCUUAACAAAUAAGUGUUCUGAAGUUUGCAAUUAAAAUCAGCGUUCUUGCACCAUCCUGGCAUAUAGUGGAGCUUUCUGUUCCCACUUUCCCUCUUACGGAAGUGAGCCGAUAAAGGCGUUUUGAAUAUAGUCAAUUAUUUCAGGAGUUAGCAGAAAUAGCUCCAGGAAUGGCUCAUUGGGAUGCUGGGUAACUUGGGAAAUUGGACAGCAAUAUAGAGUUGUCUGUUUAAAGGCAUAUUACAACACUUAAGGAUUCUGAGAUUUUUUUGCCGGGGGGGGGGGGCUGGCCAAAUGUAUCCAUGUGUCCACUUUAAGCACAGAUGCCACAUGUGGUGUGCACUGCUAAAUGUAAAAAAGAGUGAGGAAGACCUUACCAAAGGAGUAAAACCCCAGGAUCAGUCCUAAUAAUAGCUAUCCAAAACAGCAGUACAGUCUGCAAAAGGAUCGAUACUGAGCGUGCUUUUAAUUAAAGCAGAAGCAGCCGCCGCCACCACGGUACUGGACUCAAAUCCAUUUGUGGAAAUGUAUUUCUCAUCGGGAAGUGAGCGCACAAUUUCAUAGGGUUUUUAUAUGCUUUAGGAAUAAAAAAGUGGCAGCGCAUGUUCUGAUCUUUACCGAGGCUGCGACCAUCUUGCAAAGCUGUAGCUCCCGAGAAGCGAAUUCAAAUUGCAAUGUGAAAAAGACUUCCUUUAUAAUGUAGUCGCUUGCAGGCUCACGAUUGUAGUUCAUCUAAUUUGUCCGCUGCACUCUCCUGGGCUCAACUGUAUGUGUGCGUGUGUAUCUGUAUGUGAAACCGUUGGCUUGGGCAUUUCCCCUCAGUCCCAAACCACGAAAGUUGGAAGCAGUGUGAAAUGUGUCCUGCCCUCGUCUCCAUUGUUACUGCACCUCUUGUGCCAUGCUCAAAGAACGCACCAGAUUCUGCAAAUUGGAUGCUGGAAGAAGAAUCACAGGGGCAGAGAUGGCCAGCUUUCCCCCCUCAGAUCUUGGUGUUGACUCGCUUACCCUGCAAGGAAGGGCGAACUGUCUGGUUCAUGAUGGACCUGCAAUGGAUUGUAAUUUUAGUAUUAAUUCGCUGGUUAUUCUGUAUUUAGUAUUAAUUAGUUCAAUUAUGUGCAGAAGAAGAAUGGCCGCUGUUUGCUGGGGACUGGACAGGUGCAUAUCCCCUGGUGAAAGGGGAACAUGUGAAAGGCAUGGAUACAUGAUGCGCUUUGCGUAUUAACCCUUUGUUUAAAGAGGGCUUGCUUUUACUCGAGGUGCUUCUAGGAGGCUGUGCCCGAUCACCAACAAGGCGAUCUCUUCUGCAUUGAAAAAGAAGCUGCUAAAGUUUUAGCCUUUUUUUGAGAAUAAAGUCGACAUUUUAAAAAAGUGUGUGUCUUUCCUCUGCCCCCUACAAGGUUUUAUCAAAAUAAAUGGAGUGGACUGCAGUUUACUGAUAAAUCACUGGUAAAAGGUUCAUUCUGUGGUAUCUCCUGUGAAAAAGAGCAGGUAGCAAGUGAUGGAAAAGACCUGUGUUGAGAUCCUGGAUGGCUGCUGCCAGCCAGAAACUAGAUGGAGUCUGACUUGGUGUAAGGCAAUUUCCUAUUUUCCUUUAUCACUACAGCAGAAACACACAAGAGAUGAGAUUUUAAAUGAAUGUUACAGGGUCAAACUACAUGUGGCAAGAUCAAAUAUAUCCCUAGGGGUUUUUUAUUUUUAUGUGGAGAGUUGCAUAAUACAGACAAAGGGAGUUGCCAUGAAAUGAAGAAUGCAUAGGGUGGUAUUCAACUCAGAGUAGACCUAUUUAUAUUAACGAACAUGACCAGACUGGAAAGACAAGUUGCUGAAUUGGAAAUCAUUACCAAGCUUAAAACCAUGGAAGCACCUGGGAUGAAUAGAGACAUCGGAUUCUUAUCUCAUUAUGCAUGAUCAAGCUUUCUUUAGCACCUCAGCCCUUGCUCCCCCCCCCA